AUGGAGUCAAACAACAGCCCCAUUAUUUCAGGCUCACCCGAAAACACCGAUAGCGGUUCACCAACACCCAUAAGCACCAACUUGCACUCCGUCCCAUCAGCAACAAUUCCUGCUAACGGAGGACUCACUACUGGUGAGCCGAGUUCCAGGAAGUUGGUGGGGUCGUCAAGGAGGAAGAGAGGAAGGCCAAGAAAGUACGACGCUUUAGGGAAUUUGCACCCUUCGUACGCCUCCAGCAGCAGGAUCUCUUCGCCACCUUCAAGAGCGGUGUCUCCGCCUCCCGGCUUUGCUCUUACGACAUCAUUUGUGUUUCAGAGGCCUAGGAGAGCUCGAGACAGAGUUUCUGCUACUUCUUCUCAAAUUAACUGGAACAAUCAACCUUAUUACCAACCUGUUUUUCUAGGAGGUGGAAUAGCAAACUCAGAACGGAUGCACUUCACCCUUCAAGUCAUAAUGUUAAAAGCUGGAGAGGAUAUAGCAGCUAAACUCUUUUUGAUUGGCUCAACAGGAGCCCGAUCAGUUUUAGUUUUCUCUGCUAGUGGUGAAAUCUCAAGUGUUACUGUUUGCCGACCGGGAAUUGCUGGUGGCGUCAUUGGUUAUGAGGGUCGCUAUCAGUUAUUGUCCUUAACUGGAUCAUACAAAACGAAUGAAGUUAAUGGGGUCACAACCACGACUGGUGGUAUAAGCGUCUCACUCGCUGGCCCUGAUGGUAAAGUAGUUGGUGGCAGGGUUGAUGGCUUGCUUAUUUCCGCAACCCCAAUUCAAUUGGUUAUUGGUACCUUCAUUCCACAAACUGCAGCUGCUAUCCCUGCUUCUCCUGAUGCAAUGCCUGCAGAAAUACCGAUCCUGCAGCCUGUUUCACUAGGAAAUGGAGUUGGCGCACCAGCAGUACCUCCAAUGCCAGUUCAAACUCAGGGUGAAGUCGAUGAUGACAUAAUUGUACUCGAGGUUUGGGGUAACAAAUCGCAGCCACCACCGCAGGAGAGAAUGUACCCUGACAUCAAUGUGACUGUACCUGAUGAGGAGUGAGGUUUUCGGUCUCUUUUGUUCUGUUGGUGCUGAGGUCCUUAGUCUUUAGUAGGUGUUGUUGAGAUUAAGGUAGUUUUUAUUAGAAAAGGUUUUAUUUUAAUUUGAGCUGGAAAUUUGAACUACUUUAGGUUGUUCAUUUGUUGUAUGAUCCAGUUUCUUGGAAUUCAGACAUUACAUUUACUUUUAGCUGUAAUGGUUGAUUAUGAAAGGUUUAUUGUUCUUCUUUGUUCAUUAGGUUCCAAUUUUUCUGGUUUCCAUCUGCAUUAUUGUUUUGUUUGGGAUUGGUCUUUCCUCCUCUUUUUUAUUGUUUUUUUUUUUUUUUUUGUUUUUUUAAUGGAGUUUGGCCAUCAUGUUGUCAAAAUUACUGCUCAUAUUUGGGUUGUGCAAAGGUAUUUGAACUGUUUGACCAGUUUCGAAAAUCUAGUGAUUCAAUCCGAAAUUUCGAUGUCCGAACAGGUUUUUUGUGUCAAAUAUCAUAGAAUGGAUUUCGUAUAAAAAUAUUUAAAAUCAAGUUUUUGGAUAGGACACGGAUUUGCAAACCCACUGAUCGAGCUGAUUUGAAAAUUUUGAU